UAUUUGACAGGGGUACACACCUCUACACAUCGCCAUGCAGUUUCGUCAUGAAAAUCUCUUCAGACUGCUAGUGGAAGCUUACGAUGCGGAUCCAAAUGCUAGAGACUGGUCUGGCCGGAAGCCAAGGCAAUAUCUGGUCAACAUUGACACCUCCAUGUCCCCAGGCUCUUACAGAAAGUAUACAGAGGCGAAUACGUUUGAUUUGAAAGGGACUGUCACCUCUCCACCGGUUGUAAGAAUAACCCCUCAUCCAACAGUUCAUGCGAUGUCAAAAAAAGAGAGUUUCCUCCGGAUCGGGUCGUUAAACGUCCGCGUGAAGAAGACUACGGAGGCUUUCAGCAACUUCCUGGGCGUGGGCGCGACGCGCUCGUCCGCGUACAUGCCCAAGUCGGCCAGGGACAGGCCGCUGGAGCGCAACUCUGACGACGCCUCGCACAAGAGCUGGGGCUCGGCGGACAACCUGCAGAAGGAUGAUAAGCUGAUGCCUCCUCCUACGAACAGUGGCAAGGUGAGACGGCGUGGUGCCCAGGGGCGUCGAGGCCUGGGCUCCCACAGCCGGAGCACGCCCACUACUCCUGAUCAGCCGCGAGCUCGCAUCGGCAGCAGCGAGACCGGCGACUCGGACUCGGACUCGGCCGCCGGAUUCCACUCUGCCUGGCGUCAACAGCGCGCCUCCAACUGCACAUAGCAUAUCGGCAUAUAGGAACCCAAGCCAUCAUUACUUUAAGUAACGAAAUCCUUAAGCUAUGGUCUGGUGAGCUUAUUAAGACGAGGGAAAUCGCCUUUUCAUUAAUGAUGUACCGACUAUUGAUUUGGCCGACUAGCCUAAUCGGCGUUCGGAUGGCCGAUUAGUAGGCCGACUAGUUGGCUAGUCGGCCAGGGGGCUGAUUUUUGAAUUUCGAUCGCUCGAUUUCGUCGAAAUGCUAAUUUUUGAAAUACGAGCGAUCGAAAUUUGGAAUCUAUUGGUAUUGACCAUUCGAUUUCAAUUCUAUUCGUAGAAUUUAAAUGCCUAAAAAGUGCAGAUAUUAUUUAACGAAAUACACGAAAUCGUGUGGUCGAAUUUCAAAAAUCGGCCCCCAUUAGUUAGAUCAUUAGUUUGUCUAAGUUCGGUUCAGAUGCACUUAAAAACAACCGUUUGACCUCUUUCGUCACGCUAUUCAUCACAUCUACCGCUACAAAAAAAAUCCUAAGGCUACCAGUCUUUCGGAUAUGAAAAAGCGACCACACGGUCAAUACUUUAACAACAAUUUUCGUAAGCACCCUAGAUAGGAUUUUGGGUGAAAUAGGUGAAAAGCUUAAUUAUGGUAAAUAUUUGCAGUUUAUUUCUUUUUGCCCUGUUUUUCUGUCACUUAUAAAGUGCCGACUAAUCGGCCAUUUUUGCCUAGUCGCCGACUAAUCGCUGACUAAAAAUGAGGCCGGAUAGUCGGCUAUCCCUACUAGUCGGCGACUAGUCGGUACAUCCCUACUAGUCGGCGACUAGUCGGUACAUCCCUACUUUUCAUACAAACGUAGUCCGCAUUUUCCUCCCUGGGUGACAUGACAUUGUUGAAAACCUCUCAGUGUCACGGAAAUCGCACACCUUCGGGCGCAAGGGAUUCUUUCCUUUGAAAGACGUGAUUUAUUUACUAUGAAGAUUGUCGGUAAGCAAAAGAGAUAUCAGAUUAAAGUUAUUCAAUUAGCUUUUAAAUGAUGUCAAAUUGAAUAAGGCUAAACUAUUUCACUAAGAGCUAGAAUCGCUCGCACCAUACGAAGGCGUGCGAUUUCCGUGACGCUGAGUGUAUUUUGACACAUUUUGUAGUAUAUACAUGUUGUAUAAAUAUUUUCCAUAAUGUCAAUAUCCAGAGAGGAAAAUGGAGUAACAGUCGUCCCUUUUCCUCUUAACAUACACGGUGAACAGUCUCGUGUAAGCUUUUUGCAAGAAUUUUCUAGUUAUAUUUGUUACUUGAUCACAAUAUCUGAUUGAAAUUAUAUGUAUAUGUUGGUGGUCUAUUAAUGUAAUGUUAUGGUACCUUCAGGCUAAUAGGUUGUGACUAACUGAAAGUGGCAAAAGAAAGGUUGCAGUGAAGCAAACAAAGGACUUCACUGAUGUAUAGGUACGGGACACGAAGCUUGAGUUAAAGUCCUUUGAACCAAAGUAUCUUCAAAGAAAUAAAACUAUUGAAACGGAUUAUAUCGCGUAUAUUGAAUAUAUACUACAUCCCGACGUUUCAAUACUUUCAAUAGUUUUAUUUCAUGAGUAACUAUCGCUGUAACCGAAGACAAUAUUAUGUAUCUUCAAUGAGUUGACACUCGUUUCAUUUUUGAUAUUAUUUCAUAUUAUAUUUGAAAUAUUGAAUUACUUUAUAACAAUUUGAUGAAUAUAAUGAUUGAAUUUUAUUUUUCUACAACGCUACUCACCGAUGCAACAAACCGUGGCUUAGUGAUUUCAUUUAUAAAUUCACUUUACAAUUGUUUCAAUGUGGUAUUAGUUGCAAUUGCUUAGUCGUACAUCACAGUUAGUGUCUUAUUAAUUAUACAUGCUUAUUACUAUAGUUCGUUUUAUUAGCAUUAGAAAGAACUUGUAAGAAGGCAAGCGAUCUUGACAUGUCUUGUAAAUGAAAAACAUCUAAUCUAAUCUAAAGUUUUUAAAAAAUCAAAAACUAGGUAUUACUUAUGAAAGCAGAAGAAUAUAAAUGAUCGUAUUAGAUUCAUAAUUGUAACAUAUUUGCCGUAACUUAUUUUUAAAAUGUGUUUUUCAAUUAAAAGACACAUCAAGAUUGUUUACCUUAUUUCUAAUGCUAAUAAAAACGAACUAUAGACUUAGUUUAGGUAAUAGUUACGAUAUAGUUACUAUUAGAGAUUACAAUACAAAAUAUAAUAGACGUAUGGUUCAAGAUAAAUAAAAUUAAUUAAUUUCAGUAUUGACAAUACUGUCAAUUUAAGAGAACAAAUUAAGAAUGUCAAUCGAUCACUUAAGAUCGGUUUUCCUAGGAUAGCGGUGCCGUCAUAUAGCGGCC